AUGACCUGCCUAUUCCCCAGAGCCCUGAGACCUCUGGCCCUACUGAUGGUGGUGCUGCUGGUGCACGGCGAGCUGCGAAUAGAGCCUGGAAGACAGCACGGAGAAGAUAGAACAGCAGUGCAGCAGGUCAAAAGGAGGUACAAGCGUGAAUGGGUGAAAUUUGCAAAACCCUGCAGGGAAAGAGAAGACAACUCAAAAAGAAACCCAAUUGCCAAGAUCACUUCAGAUUACCAAGCAAGCCAGAAAAUUACCUACCGAAUUUCUGGGGUGGGAAUUGAUCAGCCUCCUUUUGGGAUCUUUGUUGUUGACCCAAACAGUGGUGAUAUCAACAUAACAGCCAUAGUUGAUCGGGAGGAAACCCCAAGCUUCCUGAUCACAUGCCGAGCCCUGAAUGCCCUGGGACAAGAUGUAGAAAGACCACUCAUAUUAACAGUAAAAAUUUUAGAUGUUAAUGAUAAUGCUCCAGUAUUUUCACAAACCAUAUUCAAGGGUGAAAUUGAAGAAAACAGUGCUUCAAAUUCCCUGGUAAUGAUCCUAAAUGCCACGGAUGCAGAUGAGCCAAACCACAUGAACUCUAAAAUUGCCUUCAAAAUUGUCUCCCAGGAGCCUGUGGGCAUGCCCAUGUUCCUCAUCAGCAGAAACACAGGAGAAGUCCGCACUUUGACCAGUUCUCUUGAUCGAGAGCAAAUUAGUAGCUACCACCUGGUCGUGAGUGGUGCAGACAAUGAUGGCACAGGACUAUCAACUCAAUGCGAAUGUAGCAUUAAAGUGAAAGAUGUCAACGACAACUUCCCGGUGCUAAGAGAAUCUCAGUAUUCAGCGCGUAUUGAGGAAAAUACUUUAAAUGCUGAGUUACUCCGAUUUCAAGUGGUAGACUGGGAUGAAGAAUACACAGAUAAUUGGUUGGCUGUGUAUUAUUUUACUUCUGGAAACGAUGGGAAUUGGUUUGAAAUUGAAACAGAUCCCAGAACCAACGAAGGAAUCCUGAAGGUGGUGAAGGCUCUGGAUUAUGAACAAGCACAGAGCAUGCAAUUUAGUAUUGCCGUCAAAAACAAAGCUGAGUUCCACCAGUCAGUGAUCUCUCAGUACCGCGUGCAGCCAACCCCAGUCAUAAUUCAAGUCAUCAACGUCCAAGAAGGAAUUUCAUUCCGUCCAUCUUCCAAGACAUUUACUGUGCAAAGGGGAGUUAGCACUAGCAAAUUGGCUGGCUACAUCCUGGGAACAUAUGAAGCUAUUGAUGAGGACACUGGUAAAGCUGCCUCAUCUGUCAGAUAUGUCCUGGGUCGCAAUGACGGUGGUUUGCUUGUUAUUGAUUCAAAAACUGCUCAGAUCAAAUUUGCCAAAAACAUUGAACGAGAUUCUACUUUCAUAAUUAACAAGACAAUCUCAGCUGAGGUUCUGGCCAUAGAUGAAAACACCGGUAAGACCUCUACAGGCACAGUGUAUGUUGAAGUGCCCAGCUUUAAGGAAAACUGUCCAUCAGUUGUCCUCGAGAAAGAGGAGCUCUGUAGCUCCUCACCAUCGGUGCUCCUUUCCGUGAAAACCCUGGACAGGGGGAGAUACACUGGUCCCUACACAAUGUCGCUGGAGGAUCAGCCACUAAAGCUGCCAGUCAUGUGGACCAUCAGAACAGUGAACGCUACCUCAGCACUUCUGCAAGCCCAGCAGCAGGUGUCUCCAGGGGUAUACAGUGUCCCAGUCAUCGUGAAGGACAGCGAGGGAGGGCUGUGUGACACACCGGAGGGCUUGACCCUGACAGUGUGUCAGUGUGAUGACCGAAGCAUGUGCAGAGCGCCUACCCCGAGCAGGGGGCCUAUCGUAUAUGGAGAGUCGUCCUGGAGCCUGGGGCCUGCUGCCAUUGGCUUGAUCCUCCUAGGGCUCCUGAUGUUGCUGUUGGCCCCGCUUCUGCUGCUGACCUGUGACUGUGGGGCAGGUCCCAUUGGAGGAGCAGCAACGGGUGGCUUUAUCCCAGUGCCCGAUGGCUCAGAAGGAACAAUCCAUCAGUGGGGAAUCGAAGGAGCCCAGCCUGAAGACAAGGAAAUCACAAAUAUUUGUGUUCCUCCUGUCACGACCAAUGGAGCAGAUUUUAUGGAAAGUUCUGAAGUCUGUACAAACACAUAUGCUGGAGGGACGGUGGUAGAAGGUGCUUCGGGGAUGGAAAUGACCACCAAGGUGGGAGCAGCUACUGGAUCAAACGCUGCAGUGGCACUUGGCCACUUGGGUCACUCGGGAACGAUGAGAACAAGGCAUUCCACUGGAGGGACGCUGAAGGACUACGUUGCUGGACCAGUGAACAUGACUUUCCUAGGGUCCUACUUUUCUCAGAAAUCAUUCGCCUAUGCCGAGGAAGAGAGUGAGCGGGAGGUGAAUGACUGCCUACUGAUCUAUGACGACGAAGGCGAGGAUGCUGCCCCCUGCUCGCCUGCACUCAGCUCCUGCAGCAUUAUUGCCGACGACCUAGAUGACAACUUCUUGGAGUCCCUUGGCCCCAAAUUUAAAAAGCUUGCAGAGAUAUGUCUCGGCAUUGAUGAUGAAGCCAAGCAAGCAAAGCCGGGCCCUAAAGACAGUGGUUCUAGGGCUGAUGCCAGCUCUCGCUCCAUGGAAGUCCCUCAGGCAGGUCCUACCAGGUUCCAGACUUUGCCAGGCAGUCUGGAAGUUACCCAGUCAGGUUCUACCAGGUACCAGACUUUGCCAGGCAGUCUGGAAGUUACCCAGUCAGGUUCUAAUAGGUACCAGACUUUGCCUGGCAGUCUGGAAGUUACCCAGUCAGGUUCUACCAGGUACCAGACUUUGCCUGGCAAUCUGGAAGUUACCCAGUCAGGUUCUAAAGUGUGCCACACCUUGCCUGGCAAUCAAGAUACUUCUGUUUUGUCCACUUCUGGGUCUGUCCACCCUGCCAUUGCCAUCCCUGACCCUCUACAGCUGGGUAACUACUUGCUUACAGAAACUUAUUCAACUUCGGGUUCCUUUGUGCAGCCCACCACUGCCACCUUUGACCCCCAUCUCACCCAGAAUGUCACUGUAACAGAAAGGGUCAUUUGCCCCCUUCCUGGUGCCUCUGGCAGCAUCGUGGCUCCCACAGAGCUUCGAGGCUCAUACAGUAUGCUCUAUACGAAAGAAACCUGUUCCCAUCUAUGA